ACUCGCACUUGCUAAAACCCAACCUGAUUUGGACUCUGGCUCGGCCCAAAUACGCACCAUCGGAUCACCGAUGAUCUGAUUCUGAACAGAGGGACACCACACCACCUUGCAGCACCGGCAAUGAUUUUCGACGGCCUGGACUUCCGGUCGAAGAAAGAUGAUGCGUGGUACGCCUGCGGCGUCGUUCUUGACGGAAAGAAGCUCCGAGUGAAGUUCAAGGAUUUUGUGGAGAGCUUCCAUGACGAGGUUUUCUCCAUUGCUGAUUUCUCCACUCACCGUGAAAUUGAACAAUUUCUCCUUAGAUUCCGUCCGACGUCCAUGCCGAUAGAGGAGAAUGAGUGCUCCAAAGUGAUAGAAGGCAUGAUGGUCUCUGCUACAUAUACACGCGAUGGAUUAGUUCGAUUCUUUGAUGCCAUUGUUGAUGCCGUGAAUUACAAAGAGCACACACCUGGGAAGUGCAUAUGCACUUAUCUACUAUUCUGGCAACAUGGUCCUGCUGAAGGCAACAUAACUGCAGCAAGUAUUGAUGAUAUAUGCCUUAUUAUGUCUGGUGCCCUUGAUCCCAGAGUGACUGAAUUCGCAAAGCUUGUGAAGGAAAAACUUAGAGGUGCCUCUUCUCAAUCUAGUUUCACAUCCAAGGCUCCAUUUUUGUCUAAAAAAACAAGUUCAAACCAAACUCUCAACAAGUUACAGGAGUUCAGUGGUGAUGGAGACAGUCGUAAUGGUGGAUCAUCUGAAGGGAGAGAAAGAUUCAAGAUUCAACUAAAUGAUCAAGACAGAGAUAUGGGGGGUGUGAAAGAUAUUGGCUUUCAUCAUUACAUAAUAUUAGAAAAUCUGGAGAAAAAUCUAUCUCCAGUAUUAAUGACAGAGUUCAUACAUGAACACACUUCAAUCACAGCACAAGCAUAUGUUUUUCUAAGCUUGUCAGCAGAAACAUAUGCUAGAGGAGCACUUGUUUUAAAUAGCAAAUCAAAGCUUAAGAGGGUAUAUGAAUUUAUAAACAACCCAAAUCACUUCAUUGUAUCUUCAUCUGGAAGGCCAUGGGUAAUAGCUGAAGACAUGCUUAGAAAUGGAACUUUCAACAUAAACCUUCAGAGCUUGCAGCUAAAGUGUAAGAACCAAAAUACAGAGAGAAAAUAUGGAGGAGAAGAAGAACAUGCAUCCAUCAAGUGCAAAUUAGUUUCUGCAAGUUGUAUAUAUGCAGUUUCUAAUGAAGGUUUGUAACUUGUAAAGGUGCAAGUUUUUUGUGUAUGUAUGUGAAGUUGAGAUGUAAGAUAGCAGGUAUUAAGAGACCUAUGUUUGAUUCUUUGUUUGGUAAUUCUAGUGAAAUAAUCAUGUUUGUGUUAGAAUAAACCUACAAUAAUGUGACCUUAGGACCAUUUCUGUAAUGAAUAAUGUGUUAGUGAU